AUGGCAGCCGUAUCCCACACAGCGACAACGUCGACGUCGUCUACUCAUGCAUGGGGAAAUGGCUUGCCAACCGAGUUAGAGGAGCCCUCUCACCUUACCCAUCUAAUCGGCUCUUUGCAGGAUGAGCAGACGCUGGCGAACGACCAAGACAUCUACCCCGCGGGUCGACCAGCCCUGGCGACUCAUAAUGGGAAUACAGGCGUACACGACACUCAUUCGCGGAGAUACAGCAAUGGGGAGGCAAGUGCUAGUGUGAGAGCAAAGGCCGUCGAAGCCACCUACCACCCACAGCAGAACCAUAAGGAUCCAAAAGCGAAAAGCGUGAAGGAUCAUGCAGGUCUUGCCGAGAGCUUGCUGGAUCCGCAAGCCAAUGGCAAAGAUCGAAACGAACCAUCACACCGGAAAGCGCCUGGCGACCUGCCUGCAGACUCGGACAGCGACGAGAAUUCCAAGUGGAUUCAUCGGGACAAGCUAGCAAGAAUAGAGAACGAGGAGUUACAGGCUGCGGGCAUCUUUCUACCGCGCCAAAGGGAUAGGGCAAGAUCAAAAAGCCAGAACAGGCCAAGGAGGGAUCAGAGCCAGGACAAGAUCAACGGAUCGGCAAGGUCAAUCGGAGGUGCAGAUCAGGCAAGCUUGAGGUCGAGGAAAAACUCGGCGGCAACUUAUGUGGAACCGAGGACACCCGAGAUAAGCUCUAUUCCCAGCUGGGAUUUGAGGCGACCAGAGGAGAUCCUGGAAGAAGGCGAUGGUUAUUGGGUGUCCAGCAGUGGCGGCAAAGGCUCGUCCCGAAUACCUGUGGCCAAAGUCAGCCCUGUGCCGAUCCCGACGGAGCAUCUCGCCCGGGACACCCCUCUGACCCGGAAACGAGAUGCCAGUUUGAGCGAGGAGGAUACAAUAACGUAUCCCAAAACGCGGCAAAGAAGCAGCAGCACAGGAAAUGCUCUGGCAAAGUCAACAAGCAACGGGCAUGUCUCACAGCAAAGUAGCGGGACCACCUCGCAGCCCGCCAAGCGGACCGAUUCCUCUCCCAAAAAGACGACACCAGGGUCGGGCACAAAGAGACCGAAACCUGCAAAUGGUGCUGCAGGACGACCGAAGACCAGAGGUGGUCCCAGCAAGGAUUCGACGAGCAGCGGGACCGGCACGAGGCCGUCAACAAGAUCUGGCGAACGGGAGCUUUCAAUCAGCAGCAGGCCAAUGGAAGGCGAACCCCCAUGGAUGGUCUCGGCUUAUCGUCCCGACCCCCGACUGCCACCGGACCAGCAACUGCUCCCAACUGUGGCCAAGCGCUUGCAGCAGGAGAAGUGGGAAAGGGAGGGCAAGUUCGGGAACGUUUACGACAAGGAGUUCAGGCCGCUCACGGACGAAGGCUUCUUGAGACCUCCCGAGCCGGACGCCGUACCGAAACCAGAGGCCGAAAAGGAGCCGCAAGCAGAAGAGCACGCGGACUGGCCGCUCAAGCCGGACACCAAGCCAACGCUUCCUGGAAGAACAAAUUCCUACUCUACCAUGCCCAAAAUUGUGGACAAACCAACCGACCCCUUACCAAGCCCAAGGUCACCAGCACCACAACCCCAACCCACGCCCGUCGUCAGGGUGCCGGUCCCACCAGAGGACUCGCCAGCAAAGAAAAAGGGUUGCGGCUGCUGCAUAGUCAUGUAA